AUGACCAAAGCAGAGGUUCCGAGACGCCGAGCUCAGCCCGACCGAGGCGCAUAUCUUGGGACGAUCAUCCGACACGAAGCUUUGGGCCCCCGAAGCCGAUUUUUCAAAUCCCGAGUUUCUCGCCGCAACGGCAACAUCGUAUGGCUUCACGAGCGUGAGGCGCAGACCAUUGACGCUGAAGCCGUCUUCACGUUUUGGGAGAACGUCGGCUCUAGGGAGCGAUGGGCCAUUUCAACCGACAACCCCCCACCUUGCAAGAUCUUGUCUCUCAGAGUUCAUCUGCAUCUCACCGCUGGCUUGCCCAUCUCAUACAACGUUCAGCUACUCGGCCAACGGCGACCCGUCGUCUACAGGGAGUCUGCACUUCCAAUCUACUUGGUGAGAAAGUACUGGUCGAGUGUCAAAGCCCACACGGGCAUGGCCAAGGACCGCUUUCUUCUAGAAAGGCUGCCCGCUCUGGUUGAGAGGCGUCUUGAGUUGGCUUCUCUGUCCCAAAGCCCUGUCCAAAGACUUGCCCCAUGUCUUCCAUCAGUCGUCAACUCUUUCAUCUCAGAUCUUACGGCCCCGGUUGAGUCGAGAGAGCUCGGUGAAGUCGGAGUUUCUAUGCCCGUCGUUAAGGCAGAUCGGGAGUGGAUUGGAAGGUCUGUUGACGGGCAACCCGAGCAAAAGCGUUGA